UUUCAGUUAAGCCCCACUUAUUUUCACACACUCUCUCUCCGUCGCCCUAUUUUCAUCAGACAACGGACCCUCGGGCUCUCAUUGUUGAGGGUUUUCUCUCUCUUCAUCGUCUCAGAGUGAUUUUUUUUUGUGGAUUGAGCUCGCUUGCUGGAAGAGUUUCAAACGUGCGGAUUCUCUUGGAAAUACAAUGCAUUAAGGCAACUUGGACUACAGUUUUAUGGGAAUAAUCCAGUGCACUUCAGAGCAUAAAUAGUUCUGGAAAUAAUGGGUGAUGAAAAUUUUAAUGAGACUAACCUGACUGAGAAACUGUCUAAACUCAACAGUUCUCAGCAAAGCAUUGAGUCUUUGUCCCGGUGGUGCAUUUCUCAUCGUAAAAAGGCUAAGCAAGUUGUUGAAACAUGGGAGAAGUUAUUUAAGGCAGCGCCAAAUGAACAGCGUGUUUCCUUUUUAUACUUGUCCAAUGACAUCCUGCAAAAUAGCAGGCGCAAGGGCAGUGAAUUUGUCAAUGAGUUCUGGAAGGUUCUUCCAACAGCUCUUAAGAUUGUUUAUGAAAGUACCAAUGAAAAUUGCAGGAAAGUUGCCUUCAGACUGGUUGACAUCUGGGAAGAAAGAAAGGUUUUUGGAUCUAGGGGACAAAAUUUGAAAUAUGAAUUGCAGGGGAAGAAUCCUUCUCCUGUCAAGAAUGAGAAGAUUGUAGUUCCUAAUCCUAUUAAGGUGGUGAAGAGAGAUGCAACAUCUAUCAGAAUUAAAAUAGCUGUGGGUGGUUUGCCAGAAAAAAUUUUAACCGCGUUGCAGUUAGUACAUGAUGAAGCUGCCAAAGAAGAAGCAGCGUUAGGCAAAUUUCAAAAAGCGAUUUCUUCUGUACAAGAAAUUGAGAAAGAUAUUCUAUAUGCUUCUUCUCAAGGAAACCUCAAUGGUUCUGAUGCUGUUGAUAAUUUAGAGAGACAGGAGAAUGUUGUUAAACAAUGCGUUGAUGAACUUGAAAAGUCUGAAGCAGUUAGAGCUGACCUUAUUUCUCAGCUUAGAGAAGCACUUCAGGAUCAAGAAACAAAGCUGGAGCAGGUUCGAAGUGAGAUAUCUGUUGCUCGCAGCCAGAUUGAGCAAACAGCUAAUAUCAGACUCCAGCUAGCAUCAACCUCCCCCUUGCCACCUCCAGGAAACCAAGUGGUGAUCGAACCCUCUUUUUCUACUGCAAUUUCAGCAGCCAACGUUACUGUGCCUCCUACAAAUCCGUUGACUUCAUUUGUGAACCCCACCGCGGAGGAGAGCAAGAAGGCUGCAGCUGCAGCAGUUGCUGCUAAACUAGCUGCCUCAACAUCUUCUGCCCAGAUGCUCACAUCUAUUCUUUCAUCUCUUGUAGCAGAAGAGGCUGCAUCAAUGAGCAGUGGCUUGAAACGGCCGAAGCUGGAGCCACCAAUGUCAUUUUCUGAUGGGAAGAAUCCUGAAGGAGCGAAUUCAACCUAUUUUCCGACCUCACAGCAGGCAAUGACCAGUAUGGCACCCGUUCAGUCCAGCAUUGCACAGAGUGGUUCUCAGGUGAACCAACUGCAGGUUCCGUUUCUUCCACCUCCUCCGCCUCCGCCACCACUUGCACCUCCGGGUAAUUCCCCUUCAAAUCAAAUGGGACAGUCUAAUAUGAUGGGGCUGCCCUACGGUUACGGUGCAAACAACCUACUCCCUCCACCGCUCUCAAAUGCACCAACGGGGUUUGCUAGGCCGAACCCUCCUCAGCAAACACAGCAGCAGCUGCAGCAGCAGCAGCCAGCAAGUGGUGGAUACUACAGGCCCCCUGGUAUCGGAUUCUAUGGGCAAAGCCACCAGCCGCCGACGCCUCCAAUACAUCGACAAUGAGCUUCUACUGGUAAAAGGCGGACCUUGUGUUAUUUUUGUAUAUUAAUAGGGCAGUAAACCAUGACUAAGGACAUUCUCGACAGCUAUAUCAUAGUGUACUAUCCUUCAGUCCGUGCCCUACCAUGUCGUUGCUAUCAGGUUGCAUCGGAUUUUUUACGUGGCAUGGGUUGUGGCACUUGUAGCUCAUGUAAGCUAAAUGUAGAAUUUAUGAGUAAUUUAGUCACAGAUCGACUAAAAGUCCAAGAAUCUUCACCCUCUUUUGUUUCUA